AGCGGACCGAGAGCGGACCCUGGGCUCUCCGUCCUAGGACGCGGCCGGGCGAGGAGGACCCGUGGUGAUAGGCACCGAAGCCUCGGGUCGCCACUGGGGCCCGAGUCCGGGCCUGGACCAGGGCGGGGGCAGCCGGGGACUCGGGGGUGCCGGGGAUCGCCAUGGCAACGCGCGGCCGCCCCUUGUUGCCUCCCGACCCCGCCCGGGUUCUAGGGCCUAAUGGCCGAGGGCUCCUUGUCUGACGACUUCCAAGGGGCGAAGCCAGGGUCGGCCAGGGGGCCGCUCCCGGGUCGGUGGAACAGCCGCGGACGGGCGAUGACUUUUCAGGUUUGGGGGUGGCGGAGGGAAGACGCGUCUCAGGUUUUGGCUUGGGUGCCCGACGCCAAGGGCGGGAGAGGUGCAGCGAUGCCGCGCAGGACCCCGGCUACAAAAGACCCCACAGCUGUAGAGAGAGCAAACUUGUUAAACAUGGCUAAGUUGAGUAUCAAAGGACUCAUUGAAUCUGCUCUGAGCUUUGGCCGCACUUUGGAUUCUGACUAUCCCCCCUUGCAACAGUUCUUUGUUGUUAUGGAACAUUGUCUGAAACAUGGUCUUAAAGUAAGAAAAUCAUUUUUGAGUUAUAACAAAACUAUCUGGGGCCCCUUGGAACUGGUGGAAAAGCUGUACCCAGAAGCAGAGGAAAUAGGAGCCAGUGUCCGGGAUUUACCUGGUCUCAAGACCCCCCUGGGUCGUGCAAGAGCAUGGCUUCGAUUAGCCCUCAUGCAAAAAAAAAUGGCUGAUUACCUGCGUUGCUUAAUUAUUCAAAGGGAUCUCCUAAGUGAAUUUUAUGAGUAUCAUGCACUAAUGAUGGAAGAAGAAGGAGCAGUGAUUGUUGGGCUGCUGGUUGGCCUGAAUGUGAUAGAUGCUAAUCUCUGUGUAAAGGGAGAAGAUUUAGACUCACAAGUUGGAGUGAUUGAUUUUUCCAUGUAUUUAAAGAAUGAAGAAGAUAUUGGAAAUAAAGAAAGGAAUGUUCAAAUUGCUGCCAUAUUAGACCAGAAGAAUUAUGUUGAAGAAUUAAACAGACAACUGAACAGCACAGUCAGCAGUCUCCAUUCAAGAGUUGACUCAUUAGAAAAGUCAAAUACUAAGCUGAUUGAAGAGUUAGCAAUAGCAAAGAAUAAUAUCAUUAAACUCCAAGAAGAAAAUCAUCAAUUACGAAGUGAAAAUAAAUUGAUUUUAAUGAAAACACAGCAGAACCUAGAGGUUACCAAAGUAGAUGUGGAAACUGAGCUUCAAACAUAUAAGCAUUCUCGGCAGGGGCUUGAUGAAAUGUACAACGAGGCCAGAAGGCAGCUUCGAGAUGAAUCUCAGUUAAGACAGGAUGUGGAGAAUGAGCUAGCAGUACAAGUUAGUAUGAAACAUGAGAUUGAACUUGCCAUGAAGUUGUUGGAGAAAGAUAUCCAUGAGAAGCAAGAUACUCUGAUAGGCCUUCGGCAACAACUAGAGGAAGUUAAAGCAAUUAACAUAGAGAUGUAUCAAAAGUUGCAGAGUUCUGAAGAUGGCUUGAAAGAAAAAAAUGAAAUAAUUGCCCGACUAGAAGAAAAAACCAAUAAAAUUACUGUAGCUAUGAGGCAGCUGGAACAAAGAUUGCAGCAAGCAGAGAAGGCGCAAAUGGAAGCCGAAGAUGAAGACAAGAAAUAUCUACAAGAGUGUCAGAGUAAAUCCGACAGUCUGCAGAAACAAAUCUCCCAAAAGGAGAAACAGCUGGUGCAACUGGAAACUGAUUUGAAGAUUGAGAAGGAAUGGAGGCAGACUUUGCAGGAAGAUCUUCAAAAGGAGAAAGAUGCCUUAUCUCAUCUUAGAAAUGAGACCCAGCAAAUCAUUAGUCUUAAAAAAGAGUUCCUUAACAUCCAGGAUGAAAAUCAGCAGUUGAAAAAAGUACAUCACGAACAGGAGCAAGCUCUUCAAGAACUUGGCAGCAAACUUAGCGAAUCAAAACUUAAAAUAGAAGAUAUAAAAGAAGCCAACAAAGCACUGCAGGGACUGGUUUGGUUGAAAGACAAAGAAGCAACACAUUGUAAACUUUGUGAAAAGGAAUUCUCGCUCUCCAAGAGAAAGCACCACUGUAGAAACUGUGGGGAAAUUUUCUGUAAUGCUUGCUCUGACAAUGAACUGCCGUUGCCUUCUUCACCAAAGCCAGUACGGGUUUGUGAUUCCUGUCACGCAUUGCUGAUCCAGAGAUGCUCAUCUAACUUGCCAUAAAACUCCAGAACUAAGUCCUUAUGUAUGAAAGUACCUACAAUGGAUGGUUAAUGUAUGAACCUGCAUACGCUGUGUUUAGACAGUCCUUCUUAAGCAGCUUUCAGAUGGUAUUGGUUAUCAGUUUUAUCUUCCACACAUUCAUGGGAAUUAGAAGCUAUAGAAUAGCUCAUUGUUAUUCAAGAACUUUCAACAGGGCAUGCUUUAAAAUAACUUUAGCUUAAUUCCUCAUUAACUUUUAACGCCAUUUAAAUCAUGUAACUUUUAAUGCCAUUUAAAAGGCCAGAUAACAAAGUUCACACACACACACACGCACACACACUUGCCUUAUUUUGUAAAGGCCUUCUGUAAGGGUGCAGAUUAAUUCUCCAGAUUGUCAAAUUGGCAUUUGAUGAUGCCUGUAGUUUUAAUGCACUUUAAAGCUUCACAGUUCUCAGAGAAAGAUCAGAAAUACAUUGGACUUUUUGCAAGUAUUAAUAUUCCAACUCAAGACUUUUCCUUAGCUUGCAAAGAUUUCAACCUUAACUUUGUCCUUUCUGCCCUACUUCAUUUGCCCGUCUUGCAUUAGAAAAGGCCAGUACUUUAUCCUAUAGAAUUUCCUUUUGGUCAUCCUCUAAUCAUUAAUGUAUUUAUUAGUACUUCUCAGAUACAGUGGUUUAAAGAGGUAUUUAUUUUACCUCAGUUUUUUCCUUUGAAAGGAAGUUAAAACUUACCCUCCUUUACCUUUCUUUUUACCAAAAAAAGAAAAAAGUUCUUACAGAUCUUUCCAUACGCUAUACCUGCUAACACUGCUAGUUUUUUCAGGGAGGGCUCAUACUUCUUUCAAAAGAAAAAUCUGUCCCCAGAAGGUUUAUUAAUAGUAAGGGAUUACAAGCUCCUGAUUGGUUCUCCUCUGAGCAUUAAAGGAGAAAGAAACCUAAAAUAGCUAAACUUUGCCUUUGAUAGGACUUGGGUAAUUAACUUUAUUAGAUUUCCAUUCUAGUGACUUUUAGGAAGCAUUACAUCAUAGUGAUCCACUACUGCAGUUAUAAACACAGUGAACUCUUCACCAUAUAAUGAGAACCUCCAAGGCAGGAUUCUUUCUGGAACAGAUGAUCUGGUCUCAGCCCUGCCAUGACACAUGAACUAUGUCAAGCAUGAAAGAUUCAGUGAACACUAAUCCCAUUAUACUGCUUGUAGCAUACCAAGAAUAUGUAAAGUUACCCUUGUAUAAGUAAUCUUUGAAUAAUAGCAUCACCACUUGGGAGACCCCUCUUAGGUAUUUUUAGCCAUGCACUUUAAGUCUAUGAAUCUUUCACACAGAUAGGAAUUUAUUAAUCCUAGGAAUAUUAUAGAGAAUUAAUCAUGACCACUUCCCUCCUACCUAAAACGGUUACUACUCUGCAGGAUCAUUUCCUCAGAAUGUAUGUAUUUUCACUUGGGUUUAAAAAAAUGAAUUUUCUAAAUUGCCAAAGUAUGAAACCAGUAUUUUACUCGCAUUUUCUCCAUAUCCAGUUAGCUUUUGAGGUCUUCAGUUAGAACUGUUGUACAGAUUUUUAGGUGGUCUUUCUUGAAUGUCGACAGAAAUAUUGUCAAGAGAUGAAUUAUAUUCUUGAACUGUUUUGUAUUGAUGGGAUGAAUUAACAUUUUUAUGAUUACUAAAAAUGAGAAUAAGCAAAUAUGAAAUUUCAAAUACUAGGUGUUUUAUUACUGUGCUUACUAGAACAAAUUUUUGAAUGUGAUUUUGCUUAAAUUCCAAGGCUUGGUUUCAUUCAACAGACCAUGAUUUUCAGUCCCCUUUAAAUUCAUUAGUCAAAACUCCCAUUAUCCCCAUUGAUUUGGGCUUUUUGUAUGCAAGCCUUUGGGACAGCAAUACAACUUGCUUCAUUUAGUUUGGGCUCUUAUUUAAAAACUAUUUAUUACUAAAUUUUGGAUUUUGUUAUAAAACUUAAUUUGUAUUGUGAAUCUACACUUUGUCAAGAUUUGCCCUCAUAGAAACUAUGAAUCUCACAAACCAUUCCGUCUAGCCAGUACUACAGUAAUGCUAUGGUGGUGCCAAGGAAUUGUAAUUCUUACUCCGUGGUGUUUUAAAACAAAAUGUGAAUUUUAUAAACCAAAUAAAAGAUAUGAAAAAUUGCCCUUUGAAAGGCUAACUUGCA